AUGGUAAUAAAAGGAUUCAAAUCGUCAGAUAGGUUUGCUUCCGAUAGAAGGGCGGAUCGCAGUCAGAGUAAUAGGUCAUUGCAGGAGAAAGAGGCACCGGGAUCCCAAGAUCCCACAUAUCCCAGGUUAUCUGAUUACAAUUUUACUAUCAUCUUGGUAGAACUAGUGUCAGUAAUGAGGAGCAUUAAAGAAGCUAGGUUCCCAAAUCCAAUCCAGUCGGAUCCUAGCAAAAGAGACCCUAAUCUAUGGUGUGAAUUCCAUGGAACUCACGGCCAUAGGACGGGGGACUGUCGACACCUUAGAGAAGAGGUGGCAACAUUGCUGAAGAAUGGUCAUCUCCGAGAAUUCUUAAGCAACCACGCCAAGAACAACUGUGGAAGAAACCGGGAUAAUGCAGAACAGUCGAAAUCGGCAGCAGGGUCACCCCGGAUGACAAUUAAUAUGAUCUUCGAAGGAAACAAAAUCAAUGGUGUGACAUUUUCGGCUGCAAAGAAGACGAAGAUAUCAGUGGCGCAUGUAUUCAAAAUUAAACGUGUUUUGGUUGAUCCAGGGAGUUCGGCCAACAUCGUACAAUGGAGAGUCCUGGAGCAAGCGAUGUUAAUCGGAAACGUAAUUCCGGCGACAAAGCUCCUAGCUGGCUUCGACCUGGCAAGUGUAACGACUCGAGGAGAAAUUUUGCUACCCACUCACAUUGAAGGUGUAACAAAGACUACCUUUUUCGAAGUGGUAGAUGACGAUAUGGGUUACAAUGUAAUCCUCGAGAGGCAAUGGAUACACGAGAUGAAGGUUGUACCCUUGACCUAUCAUCAAUUGUUGAAGUUUUCGACACCAUAUGGGAUCAAACAAAUGAAAGGAGAUCAACCGGUGGGCAGGAGAGAUGAGCGCAUUAACCGUUUCUAG